UACGGUCCGCUCCCUCGCGCAGUGGCAUGGCAUCCAUCCUGCACAUGGAGAAAGUUGGAGGAAAAGUUUCGAAGCGAUGAUAUUUAAACACAAAAAUAAUUGUAAAGAGAAUUAAUGCUUUCAUCCGACGGGCAGUCGAGAGAUUCUUCAAAUAGGCGACCGCUUGUAGCACAUAGUUAAAAAAACAACAAGCUCAAUAUGAAAUCAGAAUUGACAUAAUUAUAACACGAUUAUUUUCGCUUGCCGUCCGUUUCGCUCUCGCUAAUGUAGAUGUUUGUGCCUCCGCGCUGCCUCUCAUUCAUCCGGCUGAGGAGAGGAUCGAGUCCGCGUCCGAGGACACAAUGAAGCAGUGUGUCCUUGUCCGACACAAUGCAGCAAGAUGCUACGAAGAGGACGAAUCUGUUUUUCACAAGAAUACCGACGUUUUUGCUCGAUUGCAGAGAGAGACCAGCGAAAGAAUGAAGCUUUAGCCUCUGCAUGACAAGCUAUGACCAACACACAGAAUAGGAUCUAGACGUCCAGUUACAAAGCCAGGACUCAAGAAUGAAGACCAAAUAUGCAAUUGUCUUCAUCUGUAUUGUGGCCCUGGUCAUCAUCGAAAAGGAAAGCAACAUCCUAUCAAGGUUCUCUGACAAGCUGAUCCAGAGGCAGAUUCCACAGCAGAACCCACAGACUUCACCGGAUUUCAGCAACACAACCGAAAAUGGCUCCUUGAUGAUGCUCAAAAGGCUGCUGUCUAAACUCAUUGGUACAAAUAGGAAUUACUCAGAGGAGCAAGAGGAAGAAGAACUAGAUGAUUUAGGCAGGUACAGCUUCAGCAGUGGCCGUAAGCACAUAUUACUCUUGGCCACCACACGAACAGGUUCCUCAUUUGUGGGUGAAUUUUUUAACCAGCACGGGGAGAACAUGUUCUACCUGUUUGAGCCUUUAUGGCAUGUUGAGCGCAUGCUGACCAUGGCCUCAGAGGCGAACAACGGGACAGUGUUGGCAGGAAUUUACCGGGAUGUACUCCAGGCACUCUUCCUGUGUGAUUUCUCUCCCCUUGAGAAGUUCAUCUCUCCUCUUCCUCAGGACCACGUCACCCCAGCUCUUUUCCGCAGAGAGUCUAGUCAUUCACUGUGUGAAGAAUCUGUCUGCAGUCCUGUAAUCAAAGAUGUUUUUGAAAGGUAUCACUGUAAGACUCGUCGCUGUGGGCCACUGAACUUGACCCUUGCAUCUGAAUCCUGCCUUUCCAAGCAACACCAUGCCAUCAAGACUGUUCGUGUGCGCCAGCUGGACACUUUGCAGCCUUUGUUGGAGGAUCCACGCCUGGAUGUGAGAGUGAUCCAGCUCGUCCGAGAUCCACGGGCCAUCUUAGCAUCACGCAUGGUGGCUUUCUCUUCGAAGUACCAGACGUGGAAGGCCUGGGCGCAGGACGGCCAGGUGCCCGAAGAUGACGAGGAGGUGAAAAGGCUCAGAGGAAACUGCGACCAGAUAAGGAUGUCUGCAGAGGUGGGACUGAGUCAACCUCCCUGGCUUAGGAGACGCUACAUGUUGGUGCGUUAUGAGGAUAUUGCCCGCUACCCCAUGCAGAAAGCAGAGGAGAUGUACAGGUUCACAGGGAUUCCAUUUAGUCCCCAAGCUAGGGAAUGGAUUCUGAGAAACACCCAGACCACACAAGGAGCUAGCGGGAUUUAUUCCACCCAGAAGAACUCAUCUGAGCAGGCAGAGAAAUGGAGAUUUAGCAUUCCUUUCACACUGGCUCAGGUAGUGCAGAGAGUGUGUGGACCUACUAUGGAGCUGUUUGGGUACAGGUUUGUGGAUGAUGAAAAGACACUGAUGAAUAGGUCCAUUAGUUUGCUUGAAGAUAAACUAUUCCAUUAAUAGAGAGGUCAAAACUGUGGCUGUAGCUAUGGAUCUGCAAAAUGCUGCAGACGUUGGAUCGGAGGAGAAGCCAUUAUUGCACAGACCAAAACUAGUAAGCAAAGGUGCCAUAAAAGACACAAAAUGUUUUACUGGUGACAGUAAUAUUUGGGCCAUACAACAAUAUUCAUACUCACCAAUGAUGUGCCAAAUUGUUCUGACAAAAGAGCCACUUGAGAAAGGGAAGUAUUUAUUUGUAAAUGGAAUAAGCAUAGAUGUCAAGCCUGACUUAUGAGAGAUUCUUAUGUAAGAUUGUAUUAAUAGUUGAUCAUGUUUAGACUUUCAGGGAUAAAGUGAUGCAUGUGUUGUUUGUCUGUGUGUGUGUCUGAAAGAGAAUAUCUUUCUGUUCAUAGGGUUUAUGACCUGCUUAAUUCUGCCUAGUUCAACCUGUAUUUUGAUAGAUCUAUAGUCCAUUAGGCAACUGAUAGCAUUACUAUAUAUUAGACCUGAUGUGCUUUCAUAGGGCUUUACACAUCCGACUCAGGCGAAGGGAAUUUGGCAUUGCAUUUUGUGUCUUCAUAAGGAGCAUUCAUAUCCCCGCUAAAGCAUGCUGUGUGAAAAUACACAAGGAUUUUGACGUACUUAACCAAAUGCUAUUUAAAUAAAUUCUCAAUAUACCAUAAACAAAGAGGCCAAUCCUCAAUACUCAUGAGGAUAUAUAACAUGAGUAGGGAAAGAAGACUUAUGUUUAAUUUCCGAGACCUACAUUGUAUGUGUUGAUUUUGCCAGUAGCCAUGGUAAUAAUGGAUUUCCCAGUGCUGUCUUCUCACCUCUAACGAAACAGGCAGUUUGAGUAUUAAUUCACAAAAGCAUAUUCUCUACUGAUUACCUUUUUGUGCUCAUGGACACACCCAAUUCUUUUGCAAUGACUUUAUCACUUCCCAAGUCAUAAAUUAAAUCACUAGAAAAUAUAUGUGAAAUUCUAAAUACUCAUCCUUUAAAGUUAUUAGUUGUGAGAUGUAUGUGUGUGGAUGUUUUUGGUGAAAAACUAUAAGACGUAUGUAAAUGUAUUAAUUAGGCCUAUGACUUUAAGUGAAACCCAGGUGCUGUUGCGUUUACUGUCAGUCUUGAUGGUAUAUAAAGGUAUCCACUGUG